GACAGCACUGCCCACGAACACAGCACGCCAUGGACCAGGAGGAUGACAAGAACUCUGUGGACAUUCAUGACAACCCUCCAGCUCCUGACAACGUGGUGAAGGAGGACAGAGACACUGUGUAUUUCAUUUAUGAGGAGGAGGUGGAGGUGGAGGAGAAGGAGCCAGAACCUCCUGAGCCUGUUGUCCGGGUCAACGACAAACCCCACAAGUUCAAGGACCACUACUGCAAGAAACCCAAGUUCUGUGACGUCUGCGCUCGCAUGAUCGUCUUGAAUAACAAGUUUGCAUUAAGGUGUAAAAACUGCAAGACCAACAUCCACCAUUCGUGCCAGUCAUAUGUUGAGUUCCAGCGAUGUUUUGGGAAAAUUCCGCCUGGAUUCAGACGGGCGUACAGCUCCCCCCUGUAUGGCAGCGACCAACCGGAUCCCAACAAUCCAAACCGGAAUGACCCCGUCUUUGACACUUUGCGAGUUGGAGUCAUCAUGGCCAAUAAGGAACGGAAGAAGAAUGAAAAUGACAAGAAGAACAUGAUGAUGAUGAUGGAGGAGGAAGAAGAAGAGAGCCACCAGCCUAAAGAGAACGAGGAGGGAGGAGAAGGGAAACCUGACGAGAAGAAGGAGAAAGGUGGAGACAAAGCAGACGAGAAGACCAAAGGCACUUUUUCUCAGUCCCACUAUUAUUUGGCUCUGUAUCGCUUCAAGGCUAUUGAGAAAGACGACCUGGACUUCCAUCCUGGAGAUCGGAUCACAGUACUGGAUGACUCCAAUGAAGAGUGGUGGAGAGGAAAGAUGGGGGAUAAAACAGGUUAUUUUCCCACCAAUUACCUGAUAAAAGUGCGUGCUUCAGAAAGGGUUUUCAAAGUCACGCGCUCGUUUGUCGGGAACAGAGAAAUGGGACAAAUCACGCUGAAAAAAGAUCAGAUUGUAGUGAAGAAAGGAGAUGAAAAAGGCGGCUACCUGAAGGUCAGCACCGGACGCAAGCUGGGCUACUUUCCUGCUGAUUUGCUGCAGGAGAUCACUGUGACAUAGAAACUGUGAGAUACAGAGAGAAAAAAAGAAGUGUGGACUUUGUAAAGGACAAAGACAAACACUGAUGAUUCUACAUUUGUUAUGAAAGCUACCAUGUUCCAUCACAUCAGCUUGUCUGUGCCUUUGACACCAACA